AUGGUGGAUACUCCCUUUACCAGUGACACGUGGCAGACCAAGUCAGACGGGUGCUCCACGCUGGAUCACAUGCUGCUGUGCCUCGACGAAUUCCUAGCCCGUCUCUGGGAGAUGCUAGAGAUACGUGCAGCAAUGACUACAGGGGAGCGGAAGAACAAACAGGUGCAAGCAGGAGAGGGGGUGGAACAGACACAACCUCCCGCCAAACAUCCAACCCGCACACAGCUAGCUCACCUGGGCAGAGAACCACAAGAGCACAUCUCCCAAAAUUUCCCCCACAGAGGGAGAAGAGCGGGACUCGCAUGAAGUGUCUGACCACCCAGAGCCUCUUGUACUUUACAGAGGCAGCCACCAAUAGCCGUCCUGAACGCCUUCCAAGGCCGAAGACCACCCAGAGUAAAUCUCCAAGGCACCGACCAUACCGCCGGAGGCUGUGA